AGCGAGACACACUAUAUAAGCGAAUUAGACAAAAAUGUCCACUCAAUUCAGACUUCUCAAACAGGUAUCAAAAAAGGAGCGAGACAUAAUUUUGGUAGUGGGAAAAAGAGGAAUGGUCAUUGGUCCCUACUCCCAAGUAUUUACAAGAGAAUAUUUUUCAUUGAAGUUCCAGUUCCUGUGUUGUCGAAAAUGGAGGAAGAGAUGCAAAUCCCAAGAGUCAAACUUGGCAGUCAGGGGUUGGAGGUUUCUAGAUUAGGCUAUGGAUGCGCCGGACUAUCAUACAACUCUACUCACUCUAAUGAAGUUGGUUGUUCAGUUCUUAAGGAAGUAUUCAAUAGGGGUAUCACCUUCUUUGACACAUCAGAUCUCUAUGGAAAUAAUCAUGAUAAUGAAAUCAUGGUUGGCAAGGCUUUAAAACAGCUUCCUAGGGAAAAAGUUCAAGUGGCUACAAAAUUUGGCAUUAUCAGAUUAGAGGAUGGUAAAUACGGGGUAAAGGGAACCCCUGAUUAUGUAAGGGAAUGCUGUGAAGCUAGUCUUAAGAGGCUUGACAUCAACUACAUUGAUCUUUACUAUCAGCACCGUGUUGACCUCUCAGUGCCCAUUGAGGAUACUAUUGGGGAGCUCAAGAAGCUAGUGGAAGAAGGAAAGAUAAAAUACAUUGGCUUAUCAGAGGCCAGUGUAGACACAAUAAGGAGAGCCCAUGCAAUUCAGCCCAUCACUGCCUUACAAAUGGAAUAUUCUUUGUGGACCUGUGAAAUUGAAGAUGAGAUAAUUCCACUUUGCCGGGAGCUUGGUAUUGGUUUAGUGGCAUAUAGCCCUCUUGGUCGAGGGUUCUUUGGUGGGAAGGCAGUUGUUGAGAGCUUGCCUACCGGUAGUAGGUUGGCUAUGCACCCAAGGUUCUCAGGGGAGAAUUUAGAAAAGAACAAACUUCUAUAUGCCCGAUUUGCCACCUUGGCUGCAAAGCAUGCCUGCUCUCCCCCUCAGCUAGCUCUGGCUUGGCUUCUCCAUCAGGGAGAUGAUAUAAUCCCAAUCCCUGGGACAACCAACAUAAAAAAUCUUGAUAACAACAUUGGAUCCUUGGCAGUGAAGCUUACACAAGAGGAUUUGAAAGAAAUUUGUGAUGCUAUGCCCAUCAGUGAAGUGGCUGGUGAAAGAAAUACAGCUGCAAUAUCUAAAUAUGCCUGGGAGGUUGCAAAUACCCCAUCAAAGUAAUUGCAAGUUAUAGAUUUAGAAACUAAAGUGCAACCUUUGAAGUGAAACAUUUCUUCUCUGCUGUUGCAUUGUAGGAAAAAUAAGUGAGAAAAGAGUAUAACUAUAUCUUGCUAAUGAAUGGGUAGGAGAAAGAAAUCUCCUUAUAAAGGAAUUGCACAUGCAUGAUGAAUAAGUUAUUAUGCUAGCAUUUAGUGUGAGAUUCAUAGUUAAUACCUGUGGCAACAUCAUUUUUUCUAUUUUUUCCAUAUGAAAUAGUUGUUAUUAAUAGUUGCAUGCUUUA